AAGAGAAAUAUCAGCUGCAAUGCUUUUGAGCGUGAGUAAAUAGAAAGAAAGGAGAAAAUAAAUAAGUGGAUAGAUGAUCUGAAUCAGAAGUCGAAUGAGACUUCGCACCAAAGCGAAUGAAGGCGAGAUGCCCGACGAGACCAAACAAGCAGCUGUUGAAGCUGAAAUGGCCAUUAAUAAGAAUGAAGGAAACAAAUGUGAUGGCGAUCCUCGUGACGUGACUAUUUCUCGAAAUUACGUACAAGGUUUUUCCAAAAAUAACGCACAAAUUCUGUCUUAGUAGUAGUGGAGGAACAACUGCUGCUUCUCAGAACUCUUUUUAAUGAACUGGCGUAA